AUGGCCGACGACGACCGCCGUCCCAAACGUUCUCGCUUCGACCAGACCGAGCCUGAGCCGCGCCGGCCUUCUCGAUUCGACCGUCGUUCUCGCUCUCCUUCCUCGCGACAAUCCGAAACGACUCGCACUCGCAGUCCUCUCAGUCGAGAGGCGCGCAGCCCCAGCGCAGGGACCCCGAAGAACUCCGCUGCGGAUCCCGCCGCUGCUGCCGCUGCCGCUGCGGCCAAGAUCAAUGCCCAAUUGCAAGCGAAGAAGGGAAUCCAGCACGUGGAUGUUCCUCCGAUCCGUUCGACUGACAGUCCCGCGCCCCAAUCCGGUUCGCCGUCCGGUGCAGAUGCUUCAGGGAAGUUGAAUGAGGAGAUAUAUGUUGCCGAUGGUGAUUAUAUCCGGGAUAUCGAGAUCAAUGACCUGCGCAACCGCUAUACACUGACUAAAGGCUCUACUCAAAAGAUGGUAAUUAUUCCUGUUGCAUCCGCUGAUAUUCCAGGCACCUUUGCUCGCAAACCGCCUUCUGCCGUGGCCAUUCUCUCUUUUCUUUCCUGCUUCUGUUCUUUCAUUUCUGUCUCUCGUUUGGUCGUGGCUAAAGCUUACCCGAAUGUCACCACUCGAGGAAAUUAUUACCCGGAUAAGAGCAUGGCCACCGCUGCGAAUCCCCCGCUUUACCUGCAUGUCACGAGCACGAACAAGGACGGGCUGGAGCAGGCCGUGGUCUUGAUCGAUGAACUCAUGAAGAAGGAACUCCCCAACUUGGUCGAUGAACGGCGAUUCCGUCGUCGGGAACCAGAGCCGGUGGAGCGUGACGAAUAUGGCCGUCGUAAAUGGCCCGAGGAGCGAAUCCCCGUGGACCUCGAGCCGCUUCCUGGCUUCAACCUUCGUGCGCAGGUUGUCGGACAGGGUGGCGCAUACGUCAAACAUAUCCAGCAGAAGACUCGGUGCAAAGUCCAAAUCAAGGGCCGUGGCUCCGGGUUCAUGGAAUCCAGUACCGGCAGGGAAAGCGACGAGCCCAUGUUCCUGCACGUGGCUGGGCCCGACCCCAAUGAGGUCCAGAAUGCGAAGGAGCUCUGCGAGGAUCUUUUGGCCAAUGUCCGAGAGCAAUACCAACGCUUCAAGGAGAACCCACCCCAGCACAACUACGGCGGCGGAGGCUACGGCCAGCACGGAGACCGUUAUCAAUAUGGAGGUGGGAAUUACGGCGGUGGAUACGGAAACCACCAGCACCAAAACUCGCCCUCUGCCUCUGCGACCCCGACUGCGCCUGCAGCAUCCACGGCGUCCGGAGCAGGAAGUCCGACGGACUACAGCGCCCAGUAUGCGCAAUACUACGGAUCCGACCCUUACGCUGCCUACGGCGGCUACCAAAACUACGUCGCCUACUACCAGUACUAUCAACAAGCUGCCCAGCAGCAGCAGCAACAGUCACAGAGCCCUGCUCCUCCUCCCCCUCCUCCGGCUAGCGAAGCGCCGCCUCCGCCGCCUCCUGGCUCGGGUUCUCCCCCUCCCCCUCCGCCUGGUGGCAGUGGCUACAGCGCCGUAAGGACAACAACCCCAAUCCCAGAUUCUCAAGCAGAUGGAUGA